CACUUAUCCUCCAUCAUAUCGUCCGGAAAGCCACUUGCUGCCCGCCUCCUGGAAAAUACUCAUCACGCCUGUCGGAAAUUGCGGGCGCGCUGCUCUCCAAGCAGACUUGUCGUUCAUAACCCGUCCAGUAUCUGAGCCAUGGCCGACGGCUCGCUUCACAGCUUGACCAGCACGUUGGCUUCAACCCAAGGCCUUGAUCCUUCGCAGCAGCAACCAGGAGGCCAGCCUGCAGUCGAUCCCAAUGCACCCCCGCCUCCACCUCCUCAGCUUAAUGGAGCGCCGCUCGUGCUGGGCCCGGACACUGUCAUCCCCGAAGUCCCUGUGAAACGAAAGCCCGGCCGCCCGAAAGGCAGCGGGAAAAAGCAGCUGGACCCAAACGCUGAACCCAAGCCCAAGCGACCGGUCGGUCGUCCGAGGAAGGAUGGGCUGCCUGCAGGCUCUGUGGGUCCCAAGCGUCCGGGUCGGCCUCGCAAACGGCCCCCUGGCUCCUUCGCUAGUGGAGGCCAGUCUGUAUCGGCCGCGUUUCCUGGCUAUGCGCCGCCGUACCCUUACCCCGUGCAAGCUCAAUGGAGGGCUUCUGUACCGCCCAUGGCAUCACUGCCGGCAGGCCCUCCGGCCCCUCCCCCUCCCGCGACACAGCUAGCGUUCCAUAUCGACCCCAACUUGGACAGGGACAAUUGGGCUGAGCUAUCUCGCACGAGGCCAGAUGUUUUCCUCUCUGCUCUUGUGUCUGCGCUCGCAUCGCCCAACGCUGGGUCGCACGCCGGUCCGAGCAUGGAGGACGCCUUUCGAUCGCAUCUUGCCUCCUUGGCGCCUGCAAGCAAGAACACGCCGUCCAUCCCAACGCUGUACUCAGUGCUGAAGACGUUCUGGCUGCCGUCCUCGCCUGUGUACUUCUCGUUGACGGCGUCUGCGUCCACGGCGCGCACACCAUCUGACCACCGAUUCCUGUACUGGGACCCGCAGCCACUCGUAUUCAACGGCAUCUCUUGCCCCGCCUGUGGCACCCCGCUCAUCAACCGUGGGCGCAUCAGCUCGGGGCCUAUUAAGGUGUACGACCUGGGGAAGCCCUUCUUCAUUAUCGGCUGCGAGUACGUUUGCAAGGGACAGGCGUGCAUCCACCAGACGACGCCCGACGGCAGGAAGUUCGCAAGCACGGACGCGUCUAUCUUACGCGCGCUGCCGCCGAAACUUCAAGAUGAGUUUCCUGCGUACCUCCUGCAGGGCGCGCCCGACCUCGGGACAGGCCCGGAGAUCUGGAACUGGCAGGGCAUGGGCGUGUCGCUCGCUCUGUGGAACAUGGUGCACGCGGCAUUGCGCGCAGGGCUGAGGAAGGAGCCCAUCGUCGACAUCAUUCAUGCCGUGCAAGACCCCGUGAAGGACGAGAACGUCCGGCAGAUGCAAAUGCAGAUGCAGUUCCAGAUGCAGCUGCCCGCGCCGCAAGCCCCUGUCUCCGCGCCGCCUGUUCUCGAGCAGCAGGAGCAGGAGCCGGAGGAAGAGGACGAAGAGAAGGAGGACGCUGAUCACAUCGAGGGUGACCUAGAGUACCCAAAGGAUCCUACCGAGGAAUACAAUGAAGCAUGGAACGCGAAUAACGGCACCGCGGCGGCAGAGGCUGCUCAGCCCGAGGCGGGACCCAGCAACGCGCCUGACACGAAUGGCCAGCAGGCCGCGCCGCCGCCGUCCAUCAGCCAGGGCCCGCCUCCGCCCGCCAACGGGGUGGCCCCGCCGCCGCCGCCGCAGUACCCGGGAUAUGUGCAGCCGUACGGGCCCUACGCAUACCCGCCAUACUCGUACUUCCAGCCCGCGGCGCCGCCGCCGCCGCCCGACCCGAACCCGGCGACCCCGAACCCGAAUCUGCUGAAGCGCACGUUCUCGAUCGUGGACGGCUCGCCGGACUCGGGCUUGUCUGAGCCGAUGCAGAAGCGCAUCCGGCACUGCUGCAAGUGCGGUUCGAACGACUGCAAGGGCAAAGGCGGCCGCGCGUUCUGCACGAACCCAUGCCAGGACUGCGGGAAGCUGUCGUGCAAGGGGAGGAACAGCAAGCGGCCGGAUAGGACGUGUUCGGAUGCGUGGCCGUGAGGCCUGUUGUGCGGUGGGGCUUGUAAAAAUGGAGGGCUGUUGAAGGUUAGUAUGUAAGUAUGUUGGGUUCCAUACAGUUUUGAGGUAGUCGUGUAUUCUACCUUCCCAUGCUAUGCCGCUGGGAAGGGUGUAGUCAUUAUGCAGCCACUUAGCCACGCAGGCCUUGUCAUUAAAAUGUUAUUCCAAUUCCCCGCUACAUGUACUAGUA